GGUUGCACCUCUAGUCUGUUACAUCGAGUUACAACAAAAGUCUUAUUUCGUAUAAUUUUUAAUCACAAAUUCUGUCAAAUUUCGUUCGACAGUAUGUACGUUUUCGAGGGCAACUACAGACGGACCCCUCAGCAGAAUUUGGCCGGCGCCAGCCGGGUCGAAGGGAAAACCGAACUAAUCAAUCGUGCACAACUGGAAAGAAAGAGGAGACAGGAACAAAGAGCAAAAGAAGAUGGUGCUGUUAAGAUUCAAGCUGCAGUUAGGGGAUUUCUCUGUAGGAGAAGGCAUAAAGCUCUGUUCACAUCACAGUUUGAUGCAAUAAUGAAAGAUCUUUGUAAUGCGACAUGUUUUUCUAUGGACAAUAUUAUAUAUAUUAUUAGAAGAAUUCCCUUUAUGGGCAUAACUAAUCCUGACGUUCCAAGAAUUUUAAUUGCAACCAGUAUAGUAUUAAACCAUAAAAGUGAAAUUUUGAAGGAACUCCAGAAAUCAAAGUUUGAUUGGAUGUGGAGAUUAAAGAUUCUAAUGAGGUACAGCUUAUUGGUGCUGAAGUUAUCUAAAAACUGCAAAUUAGAAUUUUAUAUGAAUUCCUUGCAAUUUGUGGAUUAUUUUACUUCAUAUCACUACAUUUCACAACAUAUUAAUGACGAAUUAGCCAAAGAAUUAAUAUCCGAGCUUUUUCUAUAUGGCGUUUUCAAAGAGUACUUCAAAGUUGGAUUAACCCUCUUGGAGAAAAGUCAUAAUGAAAGAGCUGGUGAAGUGGAGUUUUUAUAUCCUAUCAAUAUGCUCCUUAGGCCAUUCGCUUCAUUUCAUCACAUAAUCUACCCAAAUUACAAGAGUUUGAUCUUGUUUAAAUUCUGUUCAACACUGAACUCUUUGGAAAAGAAAGAAAUUCAUCCAUCAUUGUUUCAAAGGUUACUCCCUCGAUUAAAAUUAAUAAAUUUUCCAUAUAUAGAAUACUUGAAGGCAACCAUGCAAAUUGCUAACUCAUACUAUAAUUCAAUAUUGCUAUAUUGCGCUCUUUAUUUUGAUAAUAACAAAACUGUUUUUGAAGAAAAUGAGUACCAAAUCUACUUCAAACAACUGGCGAUAUUAAGUAGAAAUUUGUUUCGUUUGUCAAAUUCAUCUCCAAUUGAUAUUGACUCAGACGAUGAUGAUUAUGAAGUUUAUGAGGAAGAACGAUUUACAGAACAACGGAUUUUACGGGAAUGUUCUCAACUUUUGAAUAGUCCAGAAAAAGCAGAUGCUUGGAUUGAAUAUCUUAAUAUUAUUUUAAUGAAUGAACAAUGGGAUACAUUGAUUGACUUCACUGCUUGCCUUCACCAUUUACUGAUCAGUGGCAAUAACCCUGUUCACCAUUAUCGAAUAUUUCUCUUAUUAACCAAUAACAGUCAUUGCCUAAAAGGAUUUUGGCAAUGCAUAAGCCAACUAAAAAGGUCUGGCACUUUGUCUCAUUCAGUACCACUGAUAAGUAUUCUUGCAAGAGGCAUGCUACUCGAUAAUGAUGAGGCUUCUCAACUUCUUCCGUUACUCACAAUGUUUUCGUACAUCCUUAAGUUUUAUUAUUCAACAAUGACUGAUGAAGAAUUUUAUGCUGAAGAACCUAAUCCAGAUUAUCCAGCUAAACCAUUUACUCUUGCUGAAAUGGUAUCUCUCAGCAAAACUUUAAAAGAUAUAGCAGUUGGAAUUAUAUUACUGGCUUACCCUGACACGCACGAUCCAGGAACAGAUCAAACUAUUCAGAAUAAUAUUCCUACAUCAAAUGCAAAUUACAAUAUUAAAUGUUGGACACUUCUUAUGCAGGAGGUUAUUGGGCUUGUGUCUUUAUUAAAUGCACGUGAUUUAAGAAAGCCAUUUACAAAAGAAGGACACUGGCUCUCUAACUUUAUCAGUGUCCCUGAUACUGUGCCAGUAUAUAAUAGUACAAAAUCUGUAAUGGCCCAGCCUUUCACUAGUAGCAGAUCUAAUACAAGAUCAGUCAUAUCUCACAAUGUUGAAGGACAGUUACUGCUUUCCAUCCAUGAAAGUCGAAAUGUUUGUUUGUUGACAUUGAUCCCCUUCACAAUUGCUUUCCUUAAGAGGUUUUCUAUAUUACAAAAUCAUUUUGAUGUUGAAAGAUUCGAAAAUCAAAAUCCUCAAGUUCAUUAUCUGCAAGCUCCUCCUCAUUAUUUUGUAAGGAUUAGAAGACACUAUUUGUACGAGGACGCUUUUGAGAAAUUAUCUGAUGAAAAUGCACCAGAUCUUAAAUUAACUGUUAAAAUCAAAAUGGUAAACAAAUGGGGACUAGAUGAAGCAGGAGUUGAUGGUGGAGGUGUAUUUCGUGAAUUCAUUACAGAACUAUUGAAAACGGCAUUUGAUCCUAAUAGAGGCUUCUUUAUUUGUACCAAUGAUAAUGAACUGUAUCCCAAUCCAAAUGUACAUGUCAUAUGCCCUGAUUUUGAAAAGCAUUACUUUUUUAUUGGAAGAAUUUUAGGAAAGGCAAUUUAUGAGGGAAUAAUGGCUGAAAUUCCGUUAACUGACUUUUUCCUCGCAAAGUUAACUGGAGAUACAAGAAACAUGUAUUUAAAUAACCUUGCAUCUUUGGAUCAUGAACUUUAUAAAAAUAUAAUGAAUUUGAGACGGUACAAAGGUGAUUUUGCAGAAAUGGGACUUGAUUUCACCAUAUACACCAACCAGUAUGGACAAAGUCUGAGCAGAGAACUUAAACCGAAUGGAGGGGAAAUUCCUGUCACUGCAGACAAUGUGGCUGAAUAUAUAGAUCUUAUUGCAAAAUUUAAAAUGCACGAAGAAAUAUCUAAGCAGACAGAAGCCUUUAAAGAGGGUCUUCAAAACGUAUUCUCUUUAGACUGGUUAAAAAUGUUUAGUCCAAAAGAAUUGCAAAUUAUUAUAUCUGGAGAUGAAGCUCCUAUAGAUAUAACAGACAUGAAAAUGAAUACUGUAUAUGCUGGUGGCUAUUCAGCUGAACAUCCAUGUAUUAUCAUGUUUUGGAAUAUAUUGGAUUCAUUCAACAAUGUUGAGAGAAGUGAUUUGUUGCGAUUUAUCACAAGUUGUCCUAGGCCACCUUUAUUGGGAUUCAAGGAACUUCAGCCACCCAUUUGCAUUCAGCACGUUGAAGGUGUUGAUGGCAGAUUCCCCACAUCAAGCACCUGUAUGAAUCUCUUGAAACUUCCCGCAUUUUCCGAUGAAUCGAUUAUGCGAUCUAAACUGUUAUAUGCUAUACAGUCAGGAGCCGGUUUUGAAUUGAGUUGAUUGGUUUCUUUCAUUUGUUAUACAUUAUUUUUAGAUUUUACUUUAACGAAUAAUGUUAAAGAAGGUGUAAUUUCUUUGUGUAUAUAAAUGGUAUUAUUUAUAUUGCUGUCACAUUAUCAAGAGUUAUAAUGUGAUAAUAAAUGUACAUAUUAAAUUAACACUUUUUUGUAGAAAGGAAGUUGCUGAAAGAAGUUUUUUUUUUUAAUUCAACGGUAGGCUGAAAGUUAAAGGCCAGUUGUCCACCAGGUAGUAAAACCGAGAUAAGGUACUUUGUGAUAUAUUAGUUAUUUAUCAACUGGUAAUAAAAUUAAUUGUAAAGAGGCUAGAAUUGAAACUAGAAGUUGGUUAUUCAUUAAUAAAUGCAAUGUGCAUUAAGUAAUGCUACUGAUUAUCGAUCUACCAACUCAGUAAAGAAAAGAGUGCUGAUAAACCAUUCAGAUUGAUAAGAGUAUUGAAUUUAUGCUUUAAUUAAAACAAUUUCUGGUUUCUGUUUUUGUAUAUUUAUUUGUUAUAUUGAAUUUUGCUGAUUUUAAUGCAAUACUUAAUGCAAAGUGCCAGUGGUUCCAAGUUAACCCUCACCCUCACAAGUUGUGGUUGGGAUUGCCUUCGACCUGGAACAAAACCUCCGAACAGCCAAUGAGAUUUCUUCGAGGGGGGGGGUUUAUUUUAAGGCUAAUUUACCUCGGUCCAGAUCCUUUUUUGCAAUUAAUCAACAAGUAAUGUGCAAUUGAUGUAGCCUCUGUAUUAGGUUUUCUAUAAGAUUUCCAUAUCUUAUUUCUAUCAUUUGACCACAAUCCCUACAACCUUUUUGCCAGGUGGACCUGGAAGUGGAACCACUUGGUACCAGGGGAAGGAACAUUUUAAAAAAACCGGCCCCUCACGCCAUAGCAGUCCCUGGAAACAUUUUUUGAAAAAUUGGUACAUUUAUAGUUAAUGAAACAAGAAAAGAUGCUUUUGUUCAUUUUUACCCUAAGGUUAUUGAAUAACCAAAAGUCCCAUUUUGACCUGAGAGAGGUAUUCAAGGGUGCUUUUGGUGUUCAAUAACACAAUAAAAUAUAUUUGUAAUUAUUUGGUUUAAUAUUGCAACUAACUCUUUUAACUGGCCAUCAAGUUGUACACUUUUGAGAAAUAUACGUACAAGCUAAUCUUUGAGAUUAAAUGUUUAACAUUUUUACAUUAAUUAAUAAUGAAAUUGGUAACAUAAUCGUGUUAUAACGUUGAUGUUGUGUAAUCCCCAUCUGUAAAAUGGAAACCCUCUUUUUUUUCAUUUGUCGAUGUUAGGAUAGUUUUAUUUGUUAAGAAUUUAUCCAUAAUGUUCACUUUAGCCUGUCCUUAAUCAGGCUGGUCUAAUUUUUAUACAGUUGAACGUUCAUUCUUUCAACAUCUAUAGUUGACAAAUAUAAAAACGAUAAAUAAGAAAAUAUUUUUAUCACUAUUAAUUAUUAUUUCAUCUCAUAUUAUUAAGAUAUGAAAAGGGUGUUUUAUACUUGAAAUGUUAUAAACACUACUUUAUACUUGUUUCAAAGUAUGACCAAGACACCUCAAGGUUAUUUUAUCACUUGAAAGUCAAGUCAAUAUGGAACAAAUUUAAAUGUAGUCAUUUACAAGGUAAAGUUUAUAGUUGUCUUGCUCAGACGUAUCAUCAACUCUUAUAACAAUUGUUGUUACUCUAUAUCUGUGAUAAUGUUUUAUUUAAGAAUAUAAAUAAGUACUUUUAUAGUAGAAAUUGUAUUUAAGUAGCUUGUCUUGCUUUAAUAAUUUUUUAGUAGAAAUGUUUAUAUAUUUUUUUACAUGUAAUCAAUGUGUUUUAAUUCAAUCUUAGAACCUACAAUUUACUGCAUUUGUAAAAUAAAUAUUUAAAAAAAGUAGUACUGACAACACAUGAAACCUUUUAAAUAAUUUCUAUGUAAAAAUAAUGUACACUUUUAUGAAACCUUUGGAAUAAAUUGUGUUACUAGCUCAUGAAAUGAAUUGCUAAAUCAAAUUGUAUGUUGAUAAAUUUUUUUUAAUUUGAAAUAAAAUAAUAGUUGAUAGGAGUGAGGACAAAUUCUGGAACAGAAUUUUAUUAAAGCUGUGAAAUAAAGUAAAAUUUGUAUGUA